AUGUCCGGUUUAGAUAUUCUGGUUGUUGGAGCCGGUCUUGGAGGUCUGGGUGCUGCUAUAGCUUUGCGCUUGGCUGGACACAAUGUUAUAGUCCUUGAGUCGGCCGCGGAAAUAGGGGAAGUCGGGGCAGGAAUCCAAGUAUUGCCAAACAGUAGCAAGGUCCUGCGGUCGUGGGGAGUUUUCGACAAAAUUGAACCAUCCAGAAUAUGCACGACAGACGCCUGCAACAUCCUGGACUGGAAGGGAAAUCUGAUCUCGUCGAUGGACUUCGGCCCUGCGGAGAAGGAUUAUGGAUCGCCUUUCUACGACCUACACAGGGCUGAUUUACACAAGGCACUCUUCGAUAGGGCGAUCGAGCUAGGUGCUGAGAUUCACAUUAGUUCACUGGUCACGGAUGUUCGAUUCGACGAGACCAAUGUAGCAGUCGUGACAACAAAAGCCGGCAAGGUGUGGCAUGCCGAUCUUGUCGUUGGGGCCGAUGGUCUUCACUCUCGGUGUCGCUCGUUCAUCCUGGGCAAGCAAGAUCGUCCGCGCCAUACAGGAGAUAUGGCCUAUCGACUAUUGUUGGAUGGGGACGAGCUUCGAUCAGAUCCUGACUUCAAGCCGUUUCUGGAAGACCGUGCCGUAACAUAUUGGUAUGGACCCGGAGCCCAUAUUGUAACGUAUGCACUUCGACAACGGAAACUGUUGAACAUGGUCCUCCUGGUUCCAGACGACAUGCCAGAGGACGGGCCAUCCACUUUGGCAGGCCAGGUCAACGAGAUGCAAGAUUUGUUCAAAGACUGGGAUCCCAGAGUGAGUAAACUGUUGGCCAAAUGCAAAUCGGUGCUCCGGUGGCGCUUGUCCAUCUGGGAUCCGAUCGACACGUGGGUACAUCCUAGCGGAUGCAUGGUGCUCCUGGGAGACUCGGUUCACGCAACCCUGCCAUAUCUGGCCAGUGGAGCUGGAAUGUCGUUCGAGGACGGGGCUGUUCUCGGCCACUGCUUGAAGGGUAUCACGAAGUCGGCCGUGACUGAGCGGCGGAAGGCCCUGUCCUUAUAUGAGUCUUGUCGCAUCAAACGAACGAAUCGUAUCGUCGAGAAGGGUAGCAUUCAACAGGACAUAAACCACUAUAACGACGGCCCCGAGCAAAUCGACCGGGAUCAGAAGAUGAAAGCGUUCGAGAAGUUAGAAGAGCAAUAUCGGCAGGGCAAGCCUGUUGAAUGGGGAAACUUGGUUCGAGGUGAGGAUCCUCUGGUCUGGCGGAAAUUUGGCGCUGGCGAGUGGCUGCUUUCGUAUCUGCCUGAGGAGGAUGUGGAAAAGAGAAGGCAAGAACUGGACGCUGAUUCUGCUAAGAGUACGAUUGAGGCUGCGCGGCUGUAA